CCUGUGAGGUUUCCCUUUCGUCUAAGCGAACCGGCGAGAAAUCCAGCAUGGUCGUCAAAGAUGGGGGCCAAUCACCGGACCAGUUCACCGAUCACUCACCUGGGAACCUCACCCCAUUACCCCGAAUCCUCUGCUUCGGUGGGAAACUCACCGAGGGGGGAAAAGGGGAUCGCCCUCGCGGCGACGUCAACCAAACCCCAAACCCAAUCCUGAUAAUGGCGCAACCGGCCCAAAAACUGCUUCCCGUUCGAUUUACCCGACGGAGCACCACCCCCUCCUCGGCACGGCAGAAAGAAAAGGGAAAAAAGAGAGGAGGGAAACGGACAAGCCGCCGUUGGACGAAAAACAACAGUCGACGACGACAUGCGUCUCUGCCUUUCCGUCGCUCUCACUCUCUUCUCCUCUCCCGUCCCCGUCCCCGUCCCCGUCUCCCGUUACUCCCCAAUUGCUGCUCGAAGCCUCCCCUCCCCCCGGUCCACAAGAACCGACCAGUGCUAAGAGGGAAGAUCAGCAACGACCCAAAUUGUCAGAAUGGUACCCGGCCCCUCCUCCGGGUGCACGGACUGGAUGCCGGGUCCAGCUCCCGUUUUCCGUGGGCUCGGACUCUCUUGACGUCUGUCCUCUGCCUCGGUGUCUCUCCGUUUCUCAAAUGUUCCAAUUACGGAUAACGACAGGGUGGUCAGUUUUUCCCCCCUCGUAUGUGAGCAUGUGUAUCCGCGGCAUGUUCAAGCCUGUCCCUAGUCAAAAGAGAACGCCCAAACCACCUUCCUCGGUGAAAGGCAGUGCAUACAGAGGGAGAGAGAAUGUGUGUU